CAUAUAAUAUAUACAUAUAUAAUUCGUCUUUCAGCAAUAAUGCUUUCACAAGCCUCCCAGAAGAUAUAUUCACAAACAUGCCUGCUUUGAAAAGACUGGCAAUUAGAACAAAUGGCUUGACUAGGAUUCCAGAGCAAACUUUCAAGCCCAUAUGGGAUCAGGUGAACAUCGUUGAUUUACGAGGAAAUCCAAUCAUAUGCGAUUCCCAACUUGACUGGAUUGCUAAGCUGAAAUCUAAAACUGCUGUAUUUGGAAGAUGUGAUGGCCCUGAAGACCAACGUGGCGUUGAACUUAAUGACUUUAUAAGUGGAAGAUAAUUAACUGCUCUUAAUAAAUAAAAAAAUAGUAAUUUUUUCCUC